AAAGAGGAAAUAUAACGAGCUUGAAAUGUCUCAGCGGCUUUCCCUCGUUUGGUUUGGGCGCCAUUGGUAAACAGGGGAAACCAGAAGCUUUCUAAGCUUUGAAGCUCAGGGUUAGGGUAACAGUAGUUCUUUCUCUGGCUUCGGAGGUUGGGUUAGGUUUAAGGCUUUUUUUAUUUGGGGCUAGGGUUUCUUCUUAUCAACUCUUUGUUCUGUAGUUCUCUUUUGUGGCCGGCACAUUCUAGAUUCGGAACCAAAUAAAGCUACUCGUAAGGUUUCUCUGUAAUGUCGAGGACGUUACAAGCUGGUUACGGCACUGUUCCUUCAGCCGCAGCUUCGACUUCGACCACCUCUGGCUCUGGGAUCGAGUUUUUUUCUCGCGCAAAGGAGAGAGGAAAAUCGAUAUACGCCACACGACGCCCAUGGAGGGAACUCGCAGAUCUAUCUGCCUUUGGGCGUCCGUACAGCUAUGGCGAAGCGAUGGUUCGCAUCAGACGUAAUAUCAGCUAUUUCCGCGUGAAUUACGCUAUUAUCGUUUUGCUGAUACUGUUUCUGAGUCUUUUGUGGCAUCCGGUAUCUAUGAUCGUGUUCUUGAUCGUAUUUGUUGGCUGGUUCUUCCUUUAUUUCUUCCGUGAUGAGCCUCUGGUGGUCUUUAACCGGACAUUUGAUGAUCGUGUGGUGCUGGCUAUACUGAGUGUGAUCACUAUUGUUGCAUUAAUUUUCACUCAUGUGUGGUUGAAUGUUCUGGUUUCGCUUAUAAUUGGAGCUGUCAUUGUUUUUCUACAUGCUACCUUUAGGACUACUGAGGAUCAGUUCCUCAACGAACAGGAAGCUGCCGAAGGCGGAUUGCUUUCAGUUGUCGGUAGCCAGAUGACGACGACUUAUUAGCCGUGUUUGAAACUUUGAGAUGGCAGGCUUUUCCUUCUGAAUUCUGAUCGUAGACUGGUUUCAUCAAUAGGAUAUUGGGUGAGAUUUUAUUCAUUUUGAUUUUGAUUUCAAGCAAGUGCUUCUGAGUCUUGUUUGCUCAAUCUGCGGUUUGGAUUCGUUGCCAAUUGUGCUGUAAAUGUUUUUUGGUACGGAAUGGAGGGAAUCUUGUCAGUGCAUUUUCUUUAGAGCUGGUAAAAAGUAAAAUUAAAUUGAAUUAAACUUGUAUUUCCUCCUUUUAUCAGUAUUUUUUUUUCUUGCCCUUUGAACUUCGUAGUUGUUGUGGUUGUCUCAAUCUUCUUGUAAAUGUAGUCAGAAUGUGGCAAAAUGCUUUAGUCUCUGUUGCAUGUAC